AUGGAGGAUGUAUUGGUCAAGGUAGAUAAGUUCAUACUCCCGGCCGAUUUUCUAGUACUAGACAUAGAGGAAGAUGAAAAUAUUCCCCUUAUCUUAGGACGCCCAUUCUUAGCAACCGGUAGGUCAAUUAUUGAUGUAGGAAAGAGAGAGCUAAGAAUGAGUGUGGGGGAAGAAACAGUGAUCUUCAAGGUGUACCGGGUGGAUGAAAAGCCUAUUACGGCUAAUGGAUGUUAUCUUCUUGAUGAGGGAGAUUCAAGAACGGUGCACUUUUCUCGAAAAAACCCAUUCCACCAAGAACGCCCACAAGGUGUUCGACGAAGUGCCCAAGUCAAGUUUGGGGGAAAUUUUGCACACCAAUUCACUCCAAAGCUCCUCCACCAGCAUCCUCAAAUUAUGGGGAAACGAGAACGUGACGGGUCAUGGGACGAUCAUGAUUUGUUAUCGGUGUUGCCGGAGUUUAAUUCCAGUAGUCAGCAUUGUUCGACGAGUGCUCGAUUAAAGUCUAUUGCUCCUUACAGUGGACGAAAGGAUACAAUUGUUUAUGCAACUGAUUCGCACACCGGAAAGGUGGUUCGUUACCAUGUUUAUGUCGAUGCAAUAUCGAGGAUUCAAAUAUUCAACACCCCUCCCAAGCUUGAUGUCGAUAAUCUUGCUACCCUAUCGGUGCGUGCCUUUGAUAGUGAAGAUAAUGUCUUUUCCUCCUUGAUGGGCCUGCGAUUCAUGUGGCAAUUGAUGGCCGAAACUCACGGAUUGCCUCGUAACCUCGUCCAUGUUCCUCUAAAGGACUCUCCGAUGAGUGAUUAUGGUGGCUUUUUCGGUGAUUUGGAUAUCCAAGUAAAUCUUGAAGAAAGUGGUGUUUUCUCGGAUUUGUGUGUUGUGAAAGGCACUGAAAUUGGCGUUUCGAUUGUCUCUGUGAGUUUACUAGAAUCAUCGUCCCGGUACUUGAAAGACGAGAUUACUUUGACAGUUGCAGAGGCGAUGUCUCUCGAUCCUCCAUCACCCGUGUAUGUCCUCAUCGGCGCAGUUGUCCGUUAUACCCUCAAAUCCAUCCGUAGUAAUACGCCACGAGUCGUGAGCCUACCAUCUCCAUUCCAUCACUGGUCGGCCUCAAACUCUUCGGUUGCUGAGGUGGACGGAGAAACGGGUACAGCUCGUGCGUUGGGCUUGGGGGCAACACAAGUUGUUGUUCGAGACACCCGAAUUCUCGGACAGAUGCAGAUAUCAUCUCUCCAUAUUGUCUUGCCCGAUAAUUUGUUGCUAUUUCUGAGGCCACUCUAUCUUUGUGGUGACUUUAGAGUUGCUAAUAAGAACAAGUACAGAAUACUAAUUGCAUAUUCAUCUGGAUCUGGAGAGCUUAUAGCGACUUUGGCUUACCGCACUGGGCAUGGUAUUACGAAAGAAGUUCUCAAGGUUUCUCAAGAAUUCACGGUUUGUGAUCAAGUUGAGUUCGUUAAGGAACGAGCGGACGCAACGGUUGUGUCUGUAUCUGCCUCGGGCAUUGUUCGGGCAAGAAAGCCCGGAAAUGCAACUAUUAGAGUAGUGUCGAUUUUCGAUCCAUUGAAUUAUGAUGAGAUGGUUAUUGAAGUUUCUGUCCCUUCUUCGAUGAUCAUUCUGCCUAUCUUUCCCGUGGAGGUGCCUGUCAGGUCACAUCUUCUAGCUUCUGUGACAUUGAGAGCAUCGAGCGGCGCGUAUUUCCAUGCAUGUGAUGCUUUCGGGUCAUAUAUAAGAUGGAAAACCGAGAGCGAGUCUUUUGUAAUUGUCAACGCAACUCUGAGAUUAUUGGCUGUUCGACUCAAUUCCUCGUCGUCGUCGUACGGCCCUGCUUGCGCAUCGACUCUCAUUUACCCAUCGGGUCCCGGCCGCACCAUCGUGCAUGCAACAUUAAAUAGAGAGAAUCGACCCUCGGAAUCUAAUGUCUUUAAUGUUUCCUUACGUGUUGCUGCAUAUUCACCGCUUACUAUACACCAGGCGAGCGGCGGGAACCGUUUUGGUGGUUACUGGUUUGAUACGGCUCGUAUUGGAUCUUGGAACGAGCUCGGGAGAUCGGAUGAUGUCAAUCUCGCACUCGGAACAUACUUGGAUGUAAUGCUUUCUGGGGGACCAGAGAGGUGGGGCGAGGAUGUCGAGUUCGUUGAAACUGUCGAUGUAAUCGACGAGGGGAAAACUAAUGCGAAAAGUAGAAUUUUCUUUGAUCGUAUAUUGACCGUUAACGGUAAUUUAUACCGAAUAGGAUGCAAAAGUUUGGAGCCUUUCUCGGUUAUUUUCAGAAGGGGGAACCUAAUGGGCGAAGAGCAUCGUUUUCCAGGUAUAUCUGAAGCUGAAAUGGUGCUUACAAGUAGCUACCCAUCUUAUAUUGUAAUAAUACCCGACGCAGAAUUGAAUGCUCAUCCAGUUAUACGGUCUGCAAGGGGGGCUGAAAGAACGGUUACAGUAGCCAACGGACGCGAAAUUCGAAUGUCCGCUGUUGGAAUCAGUAAUUUCGAUAUAGCUUUCGCGAAUUCGUCUUUGUUUAUUUUAAGGUGGGAAUUAAGUGGUUGCGAAGGGCUGGCGGUUUUCGAUGAUUCGAAAGGGUAUUUGAGCUGGGAAAGGUUUUUGAAAUUGCAAAAUACAUCCGGACGGUGCACCGUGCUGUCACGGCCCGCUAGUUUUGGCCCAACCACUUGUCAGUUUCCCUUGGGUUGGGAGGUUAAAUAG